UGCGCGUCUCCAAAAUAUGCCCAGGGGUGCCUGGAUGUGUCGGCCGGAGGACGAGGGCUUGAGGAUCUGGCUGGCGGCACCUCGGGAGACGGAGAAGCCCUUCAUCGACUCGGAGCGCGCGCAGAAAUGGCGCCUGUCGCUGGCCUCGCUGCUCUUCUUCACCGUCCUGCUGUCGGAUCACUUGUGGUUCUGCGCCGAGGCCCGGCUGAGCCGCGCGCGGGACAAGGAGCCCCAGGAGCCGCCCCAGCACCCGCAGCAGCAGCAUCCGCAGCAGCAGCAGCAGCAGCAGCGGCAGCAGCAGCGGCAGCAGCAGCGGCAGCGCCAGCAGCGCCAGCAGCAGCCUCCGCAGCAGCAGCCGCAGGAGCCCCCGAGCCCGCGCCCCAGGACCCCCGAGCCGGCGUGGCCCGCGCUCCUGGCCGGCCUGGGGGACCCCUCGCCCGGCGCCCCCGCGCCCCGGCUCCCGGCCGGCUCCCCGUCCCCGACGCUGCCCUCCGCCCCGGGCCACGGCGGCGCUGCCGCUGCUGCUGCUGCUGGCGGCCGGGGCGGUGGCGGCGUUGGAGACGUCGGGGGCAGGAGCCGUCGAGGGUCGGGCCCCCAGAGCCGCGCGCUCCUCGCGGGCAAGUCCUCCAGACCCUUGUGGCGCUUGGAGACGUGCUACCCGCCUGGGGCAUCCUCUUCGUCCUCCUUGUCGUCGUCGUCGUCGUCGGGCCAGUGCUUCACCGUGGAGAGCCCGGAGGCCGUGUGCGCUCGGAAUUGGAGUCGGGGGGCGCAGGACCAGGAUUCGGGGCGCACGGCCAGCAGCGCGCAGCAGCAGCAGCAGCAGCGGAAGCCCUCGGCGGUACCCCCGCCGCCCUGGAACCUGUCGGAUUUCUAUCUUUCCUUUUGUAAUUCCUACACCCUUUGGGAGCUCUUCUCCGGGCUCGCCAGCCCCGACACGUUGAACUGCAGUCUGGAUGUGGUGCUCAAGGAAGGCGGCGAGAGGACCGCCUGCAGGCAGUGCGUCGAGGCGUACCAAAACUAUGACCACCACGCUCAGGAGAAGUACGAAGAGUUUGAGAGCGUCUUGCACAAGUAUUUGCAGUCCCAGGAAUACUCGGUCAAGUCCUGUCCUGAGGAUUGCAAGAUUGUCUACAAAGCCUGGCUCUGCUCACAGUAUUUCGAGGUCGCACAGUUUAACUGCAGGAAGACCAUUCCUUGCAAGCAAUACUGUUUGGAGGUUCAGACGCGGUGUCCGUUCAUAUUGCCCGACAAUGAUGAAGUUAUCUAUGGGGGCCUGUCCAGUUUCAUCUGCACAGGGCUCUAUGAGACCUUUCUAACCAAUGAUGAACCAGAAUGCUGUGACAUCAGGAGAGAAGCCCACGCCAGCGCGCCUAGCGGGGGGAACGUGAAAGUGCGUGGCUCCUGCCACUCCCGGGCCUCGCCAGCAUCCUCAGCCACCACCAGACUGUGCCCCAGCAGACUCAGACUGUGCGUGCUCGUCCUCUUCCUCCUGCACACCGUGCUCAGCGCCUCUGCAACCCCAGAAACAGUGCUCCCCCCGCUGAGCUCCAGGAGUGUCAGCGCUCUGGAGGAGCUGGACCACAGUGAGGACUGAGAUAUCCCUCC